AUGAAAUCACAACGGAUACGAAAUGAGGGUAGGUUUAAAGCUAGAGGAUUUUGUGACUCAGACAGAGAGUCACAGAAGUAUCGGGUCAGAGGGAGAGGAGGUGGUGUUGAUGGAGACAUUCACUCAAUUGGACGUGAAAGAGUCAGAGUUCAGACGUUACAUACAGGGAGGGAUCAGAGAUUGGGGAAAAUCAUUAAACAGGCAGCUCGAGACACGGGUAAAUUUUUUUGUCAAGAACCAGAGACAUCAGACAAGGUUUUAACCGAUGAAUAG